GCGUCAUUUAGAUCCUAGUCUUACUCGCAGGGAAAUUAUAGUUUUACAUUAAUGUUUUUCCUUUUAAAAUCCGUGUUGUAAUGUAAAACAAAAAGUAAAAAUACAUUGAUUUAAUGAUUAUUUGAAAAUCAUCAAAUCCAAAAGUUAAAAAUAAAGAUAUAGUUGCUAUAAAACGAACUCUUUUCCACUGCGUAAUUUUAUAAAUUCGUCCGACUGGUUCAAUCCUAAUUCAGAGCUAGCUCAGCUCAUCACGUUUCACCAUUUCUCGAAGAUAGAGACAGUUGAGCAAGGUGAAAAUUGUAUUUCAGCAACAUGACGAAAGGAAGAAAAGAUCUAGGGGACAUUACCUCCCACAAUAUAAAGCAGCUGAAGAAACUCAACUCUGUUGUCUUCCCUGUAUCUUACAAUGAUAAAUUCUACAAAGAUGUCCUAGAAGUAGGAGAACUGGCUAAACUUGCAUAUUACAAUGACAUUGUUGUCGGAGCAGUGUGCUGUAGGAUAGAUACAACAGAACAGGGAGCAAGACGUCUGUAUAUAAUGACCUUGGGAUGUCUUGCACCAUACAGGAGACUUGGGAUAGGCACCAUGAUGCUCAAACAUGUUCUAGAUUUCUGCGAGAAGGAUGGACGCAUUGAUAAUAUAUACUUACAUGUCCAGGUCAAUAACGAUUCUGCCAUUGACUUCUACAAAAAGUUUGAAUUUGAGAUCAUCGAGACGAAAGAGCAUUACUACAAACGCAUUGAACCCGCCGACGCACACGUACUUCAGAAGACUCUACGAACCGCCGUUGCUCAAACGUCGUCAUGAGAGGGAGUCUUUGAGGUGUCGUAUUUCAUUGAACUUUGAGUCAUAAUAGUCUGGACUGGAAAUUGUGGAACCGUGUGGUCCUGUACUCAGUGUGUGACUGCAGUAUCGGAGAGUCAGAGAAUAGAGAACUUAUUGGAUAGAAAUGAUAAAACUAAAGUAGGAACCUUCAAUGACUAGGAGAAGAGACAUGUAAGUGAGGUGAAAAAGAAACGUCUUUGGAUGGAGAUAUUUCUUUAUCCAAAUAUCUUUAUCGAAGCUGCCGACUAGUACUGAUUUUCAAUAUUGAUACUGGAAUUGAGAAUACUGAUGGUUUCAUGCAAAAUACUGAUUUGUGAAGUUUCAGUUUUAUGUGUAUUCCUGUGGUAUUUCUUUGAAAAUAAUGUUUUUUUUUUCAUUGAUCACCAAAAUACUGCUUUUCAGCUGUUAAAAUACUGAAAUGUUCUUUAGGUUGGCAGCUCUGUUUAUCAAAUAUCUUUGGAUGAAGAAAUAUCUUUGUUCGAAGUUUCGAACACAUUUGAACUUUUGAAGGUUUUUAUUGUGAAGAAUAAGUGGUGUAGAGGUGUCACGGUGCACCAUGUAUCUUUCGUUGGCAUAUGCAGACCUGCCAACCAGUACGUUUGAGCCGUAUUUAGUACGUUUUUGCAACCCAAAUACGGCAGUACGUUUUUUCCUUGAAAAAUACGUUUUUUUGUAAAAAUCGUAAUUUAUUGAGAAAAAUAAUCUCUAUAUGUCUCUAUUUCAUAAAACGUGCACAAAUAUGGUUAUUAGAUCAAUGUAAUUUCAGGUAACUUGUUUUUUUUUUUCAAUCAUUUUGUUCAAACCAGGGUGAAGAUAUACACAUGUUUUAAUGUUUUUUUUUUCAUCUGCAAGAGCAGUGCGCAUUUUAGCUUGCAUGCAGCUUGAGCGCCGCGAUGAGCAUUUUAUUAUGAAAUACACUUUUUUUGGGAAAAAUACAGUUUUUUUUAUCACAGAAUACAGUUUUUCAUUCCCAGAGGUUGGCAGGUCUGCAUAUGGUGGUCCUGAAAAGGACCACCCAAACUCGACGUUUCAAUAAGUGUGUUCUUGUCGUCUUGAGAGACAUGUUCGGGUGGUCCUUUCAAGACCAACACAUGCCCAUGAAAGAAUACAUGUUGUACCGUGAAACCUAUACACCUUUGCAAAUACAUUAGUCAGUAUUCUGAUCUCUACUUUUAAUUUCAACCAUGGUCUAAGUGUCCACGAUUUCAAUAUGGGUAGCCAAACGACACAGACGUAGUUGAUCAUGUCAUCAACAUUGUUGGGGAUCAAACUAAUUACCAACUGUCUGGAUAGGUCCAAGUAAAUGUAAGAAGCAGAGAGUGUAGCCAUAUUUGUGUAUCUUAUGGCUGCACAUAAUGCCAGCCCAGAAUUUAAUAGUCUGUGGUCUAAGUUUAACCAGAGUUCUUGGGAGCGUUUCAUCAACAUUUUUGCCCUACAAGUUGUCGGGUCUGACAACUUUCCUUGAUAAUGAUUGGCUUGGAGUCACUGUUACCUUUACUGUCAGAUAAAACAUUAUUUGUUGGAUAAAAUGUCCGGCAAUUCAUUCCAUGAAAUGCUCCCCAGAAUUAUGUUGUAUUUAAAUAAAAUGGACUUGUCUUGAUGGAGAUGUCACAUCAUGUACAUGUCUAUUGCCAAGAUAGGAUCAUUAUGCCUGAGCUGUUGAUGAGGGUAAUGUGAAUGUUACAAGGUUUACAUAUCAUCGGGUCAUUGUAUUUUUCAGAGCCUGAGUUGAAGAUGAGGGUAGUGUGAAUCUUAUAAGGUCUACCAUCGGGUCAUUGUAUUUUUCAGGGCCUGAGCUGUAGAUGAGGGUAAUGUGAAUCUUUAAGGUUUAACAUCGGGUCAUUGUUUUUUUCAGGGCCUGAGCUGUAGAUGUGGGUAAUGUGAAUCUUAUAUGGGUGACAUAUCAUCAAGUCAUUGUUUUUUUCAGGGCCUGAGCUGAAGAUGAGGGUAAUGUACAUGUUAUAAGGGCUACAUAUUAAGUUCGUAUUUUCAGGGCCUGAGCUGUAGAUGAGGGUAAUGUGUACAUGUAUGUGGUAAGGGCUACAUAUCAUUGAGUUAUUGUAUUUUUCAGGGCCUGAGCUGUAGAUGAGGGUAGUGUAAAUCCUAUAAGGGCUACAUGUCUUAUUUUUCAAGGCAAGUCCAUGCCACUGAUAUCCAUAAGUUGGAUGGAGCUCGUUGUGCUGCGCAUGCCUGACGUUGAAGCAAAGGAAUAGUACUGUGCACAAUUAACAGUAUAUGGAGCUGUACCAACGUGUAGUAAACAAUGCACACAUGCAGUAGACAAAAGUGUGGAACUUUGACCUUGUGACCUUUUUGAGUACGUUUUUGGGCUUCAAAAGAGCGCAUUGUAGCUGUAUCCACCUGUUGAUAGCGAUGGUCCAUGCUAACUUAUAAAGAGCAGACCACUUUAGUCGCGACAUGGAAAGAUAAAAUAGCCUGAUCUUUGACCUUCGAGUGCACAUACACAUCUUGUCUUAUCAUGUUCUCUUUAUUGUUGGCUUUCCAAUAUACAUGCACCUUAUGUUGGGCAAUAUGAAUUAAUCUAAGUAUACUCUCCUUUUGCAAAUGAAUGUCGCUUUUCAGAUGUUUGAUACUAGUACAUAGGAUAAUUCAUGUGAACUUCCAGCAAGAUCCUUUAUAAUUAUUCAGACCUGUGAGUGACCAAGUGAUUUAAAGGGAUGGUUUAAUGUCGUUCAGGAUCUUUUUUUUUCCAGGAGCUAAUGCUGUUAUCCUAAUAUCAAACAGGCCAGACAGUAAUCACCCGAGUUUUCGGACACUUGUUUGUCAUUUUGUUGGCUACAUGUACAAUCAUAAGCAUCCAUAUGGACGGUUACAUCAACACUGUAGGCUAUAAAUUACUUUUUUUUUACUUAUUGCAAUGCAUGUACAUGUAUAUUAUGCAAAUGAAAAAUAAUAUUUUUGGGGUUUCCUCUUCAACAUUAUUGUAGCACUAUGAGCAUGUACAUGUUGUGCCCCACAGCUCAGAUUUUUUGCAAACCUCCACCAAAUCUCUUGAAGCUUUUAAAUUUGUCAUGAAGACUAGAAUAUGGCGAGCAAAGUGAGUUUUUAAAUCCUUUCAAAAAAUGUAAUUACCUAAUGUUGAUGUCGGUAAACAUAUAAAUGUAUAUGCAUGUAUACUCAGCACACUAUGCUAGUGCGAGGUUUAUAUUUCGACACAAUUAAAAUUUAGAAUUACAUUAUGAGAAGUUGCACAUACCUAUUGAGUCACAUUUUGGCGUUUCAUAUUCCAAUCAUACAUGAGGUUCAUGUUAUUUGACACUACUUCCCUGUUACUAUUAGGUGAUGCUGCUAUUACGAUUAUUAUUUUGGCAUGAGAUAAUCGAAUGGAAGCGGUUUUUUUUUUUUUUAACACAGAAUGUGACCAGAUUUGGCCAUUAUCAGUCUAAUAAGUUAUUUGAUAUACUUGGGAAUAAGCAAGGAAUAUAGAUAAACUGAUAAAUCGUUGCACAAAAAUAUGUACUUAAUUUUACAUGUCUACAGAGCUGGAAGAAGGGGGGGGGGGAAUCUAGAUGUGCAUGGAUCUACAUUGUACAUGUAGGAGACCUUGUGUCCCAUGGUAUUUUUGCAAUGCUGUUCCUUGUUUCAUUUUCAUAUGUAUAUGCAUACUUUCCACCCAUUUCUAUGGUAAAUUAUAUGAUGUUGUGCGCUUUAACGAUAUUGCAUAUAAUGUAUUUUCUAUCCUAAAAUAUUAAAGACUACUUGUACUAUUUGAACAA